AUGUCGGUCACUUUAUUCUGUCUUGUCAAAGGAAACACAUCCACGAACACUUUCUCUGUUAGAAUAAAUAGGGAUGAGCCUAUUAGUGAGCUCAAAGACGCUAUCAAAACAAAAAAGGCACCGGAGUUCGACCACAUUCCUGCAGACAGACUCAAGUUAUGGAAGGUGGAAAUUCCUGACGAUCGCGAUUCCGAGUUGGCCAACCCCACAUUAGAUGUCGAACUCCUCGCAACUCGAGACGUAGAAGACUACUGGACCGAGAAACCACCUAAAAGGAAUUACUUGACCGUGUCGCAUCAUUGGAGGCAUUGCUUAACAAGUCUGUCUAUGAGUUCGACGUUGUUGUUAGCCCAAAACGAACGAAGGGAUUCAAGUGGACAGCGAGCAACCCUCGAAAAUCUUAAGGAGAAUAUAUCAAAUGCCAGCACUUGA